AUGGGGAGUGGGAAGAAGAGGGCGGCGCUUGCGUCCCUGUUCGGGUUCAAGAACAAGAGACAGGAGGAGGAAGAGGCCGCGGCCGCGGCCGCGAGGCGGCAGCAGCAGCAUGCGGCGGCAGCGCCGCAGCAGAGGUACCAGCAUCACAGGGUGCGGCCGAGCGACGACGACGACUACCCCCGGCACUGGUACGCCGAACGCGACAUCGACCGGAAGGCCUCCGAGUUCAUCGACAAGGUCCACCGCCGGAUGCUCGCCAACGAGCAGGACGGAUAGCCACCAGCCGGGCCGCGGGUGUCGUAUAUAUAUACGUACCAGCAUGCCGAUGGAUCUAGCUAGGUCGUGCAUGCAGGCUAUAUGCAGCAGUUGCGUGCAUGGUUGAGUGUGUGUGGGUGUGGGUGUACGUGUGUCUGUGAUUAGUUGCUUUGCUUUGGGU